GGAACCAGUCAUUCACAAAACCUUUGACCUCCUCAUAAGGUUUUGAUUUCCAUUGGUUAUCCAUCUCCUUCACUAAUUGUUCAUAGGUGGCCCAAUUUUUACUCAUAUUUAUCUUUUUCACACUCAUUGCCUAAAGAGGCGAUAGUCACCAUGGUGUUUUACAUUCUAAUAAAUGCUUAUAUCUAUCUCACACCUCAUACAAUGACUUUCAAAAUAUGUGGUUCCCAAAUCCUUUAUGAGCUUUUACCUUAUCAUACCAAAAAUAUGUGUGCCAUCGAAGAUGAAUAAAUCAGCCAAUUUCAGCAUGGAGCUUAGAAUUUCAAUAUGUUCCUCUGUGUCUUCUUGGCAAACACACAGCCCCCACUCCCAGACCUUACUGAACCAUUUGUUCCCAAGAGUUGCCCACAUCAUGAAUCUAUAGCCUUUAAAUAUCUCCACGUAAGACUCUACCUGCAUCAGUUCUCUGCCUUGGUAUAUCUCUGCUCUGAGUCACCAAAUCUUUCAAGAAUGCAGAAAGCACUUCUGAGCACCUGCCUCCUCUUGGCCCUGCUUUCUCCAGGUAAGAAUCAACCUGCAGAAUUGGAUUCUUUUAAUCAUCUUUUAAUGACACUGAAAAGACCAUUAAGCUUGUUACCAUCUCAGGAAAUCUGCUGCAAUAACCUCUAUCUCCUUUAUGCAGCGACUUCUCUGAUUUGUUCCUCCUGUAAUAGUAAUGCAACUUCAUGUAAAGGUAAAAAAUCUGAGAUCUGUCGCUCUAAUCCAAUCUGUGUCUCUGGUGUUCUGGAUAAUAAUAUAGUUCAACAGUAUAAAGUGGUAACUUACCGGGGAUGUGGUCAUUCCCAACGUUGCCACUCAGGUGAUUACAGUUUAACUUCAGCCAAUGGUAAAUACCUCCAGAUGAAGGUCUUCUGCUGCGGAACAUACAAGUGUAAUAAGGAACCUCUCUAUGUUCCACCUCGUGAGGAUCUUUCCCCCAAUGGUCUAUGGUGCCCAGCCUGCUUCGGCCAAAGCUGUGAAGGUCAGGGGACUGUCAGCUGCCUUGGCAAUGAGACCAAGUGCAUUGACUAUUCUAGCGGGGCUAUAUAUGUAUAUGGUUUCCUUCCGCCACUGACACUCAAAGGCUGCGCAACUGAAGACAUGUGUGCCCUUAAUGGAAAAAGAUUUACAUAUGGCUAUCUUCACUUAGAGCGGAUUGUAACCAAAUGCUCUGAUGCUAAGAAAGCCUCGGAGCAGAUCGUUCUUGAAGGGUAGAUAGGAGAGAGGAAAGCUCUCCUCCUUGUCAAUUCCAUUGUUCAUGGUACCAGCAGAAUAUAAUAAUAGCUUAUGGUGAGAGGAGGGGCAGAGGCCUACUGGGUUUUCUUUUUCACUAUUUAUGAAAUUCAUGAUCAAAAUAAACUCUUCUGACACAUCUGUAUUCUUUAUCUGUAUGUUUUAUAUAUGUAGAAUGUGUGGAAUGAUGAGAAAGGGUAUUUGACGGGAAAUAUGAGAAUUGGCUUUGUGUUUUAUUCAACCCUACUUCCUUCUACUGCUAAAUUUACAUGAUAGCACAAAAACUCUCUCACACACAAAUGCC